AUGAAAUUCUUCGAUGCUCCCGCCCCCAACCCAAUGGCGGUCCGUUUGUUCGUUCUGGAACGUGGCGGGCUCAACUUUGAUGUCGAAACUGUCGAUAUAAUGAGGCUUCAGAACCGACGUCUCGCAUUCCGAAAAAUCAAUCCUCGCGGAGAAGUUCCAGCCCUGCAGCUCGACAAUGGAACAGUCCUUACAGAGAUCACCGCGAUCUGCGAGUACUUCGAUGAAGUCGCCGUUGGAGGCACAUCCCUAUUCGGCAGCACUGCUGAAGAACGUGCCGAGACUCGCAUGCGGCUCCGAAGAAUGGACCUGGAAAUCUGUCAACCCAUCAUCUCUUGGUUCAGAAACGAUCCCGCCACUCUGGAUUUCUACAAGGGCACCCGACUCCCGACGCCGGAGGCCAGAGUCAACCAGAAGGUAUUGAUCAAUCAAGCCUUGAACAUGCUUGACGAUCAAUUGGAGGGAAAGACAUGGCUAUGCGGAGACAGGUUCUCGGCAGCAGAUAUUCACUUCUAUGGGUUGAUGAAGAUGAUGUCAAUGAAAGUUUGUGAUUGGAUGUUAUUGCCUGGCCGAGAAAACUUCUUGGCUUACUGGAAGAGAGUUGACGAAAGGGAGGCUUCUCGGACGGCUAUACAAAACUUCCCUGUCAAGGUCGUUGGGUGA